GUACCUUCAUUCUCUUUCUUCCCUCGUUGUCUGAUCACCCCCGCGCGGAUCAACAAACACACCACGAGAGAAUACUCAUAAUGGCCGAUACUGUGGGAAAGACCAUCACUUGCAAGGCCGCUAUCGCCUGGGAAGCUGGCCAACCACUCUCCGUGGAAGAUGUCGAGGUUGCUCCUCCAAAGGCCCACGAGGUCCGUAUUCAGAUCUUCCACACUGGUGUCUGCCACACGGACGCAUACACACUCUCGGGAAAGGAUCCCGAAGGAGCUUUCCCCGUCAUUCUGGGUCACGAAGGUGCCGGGAUUGUCGAGUCUGUUGGUGAGGGUGUAACCAACGUCAAGCCUGGCGACACCGUUAUUGCUCUCUACACCCCCGAAUGCGGAGAAUGCAAAUUCUGCAAAUCCGGCAAGACCAACCUCUGUGGAAAAAUCCGCGCUACCCAGGGUAGGGGUGUCAUGCCCGAUGGCACAUCGCGCUUCAGGGCCCGUGGCAAGGACAUCCUUCACUUUAUGGGCACAUCGACUUUCUCACAGUACACCGUUGUCGCCGAUAUCUCCGUCGUAGCCGUCACCGACAAGGCUGGAACUGACAAGACCUGCCUCUUGGGUUGCGGUAUCACCACUGGAUACGGCGCUGCCGUCGUCACCGCCAAGGUUGAGGAAGGCUCCAAUGUCGCUGUCUUUGGAGCCGGCUGUGUCGGUCUGUCCGUUAUUCAGGGCGCACUCAAAAACAAAGCCGGUAAGAUCAUUGCUGUCGACGUCAAUGAUUCCAAGGAGGCAUGGGCACGCAAAUUCGGUGCUACAGAUUUUGUGAACCCGACCAAAUUGGGUAAUCAGAGUGUGCAGGAGAAGUUGAUUGAGAUGACGGAUGGUGGUUGCGAUUAUACCUUUGAUUGCACCGGCAACGUGGGCGUUAUGCGUGCUGCUCUCGAAGCUUGUCACAAGGGUUGGGGUCAGAGUAUUGUCAUUGGUGUCGCUGCUGCCGGUCAAGAAAUCUCCACAAGACCAUUCCAACUCGUCACAGGUCGUGUAUGGAAAGGAUGCGCUUUCGGCGGCAUCAAGGGCCGCUCCCAACUCCCCAGUUUGGUCGACGAUUACCUAAACGGUAAACUCAAGGUUGACGAAUUCAUCACACAUCGCGAAACACUCGCCAAUAUUAACACGGCCUUUGAACAAAUGAAGGCUGGUGAUUGUAUUCGUUGCGUUGUCGAUGUUCGUGCUUAGGGUAUAACCUCAUCUGUUUUAGUACGUAGGCCUAUUUUUCAGAUUGAUAGGUCAAAUAAUAAAAGAAUGAUUCUGAAUUGAUAAUGUCAAUGCAGACCUAACGU